CAUGGCACUGGUUUCUUCCCUUUAUGUGCUACACUUAAUUUGAUGUUGUAUGAGCCUCACUUGAAGGUUUCAUCUGAUUCGGAAGUUUUUACUCUUCCUAAUUUCCCAGUUGAGAUCAAGCUGACAGGAAGCCAAAUACCGGCUUUUCUCAAGAAAAAGGUUGAAACAGAAUUCACCAAGUUGUUUGAAGCGUCCAAAGCCUGUGAGAAAAGGAGCUAUGGGGUUAUUGUUAACAGCUUCUAUGAACUUGAACCAGUUUAUGCAGAUCAUUAUAGGAAGGUGUUUGGGAGGAAGGCAUGGCAUAUAGGCCCGGUUUCGUUAUGUAACAAGGCAGCAUUGGAUAAAGCUGAGAUGAGGGGAAUGGAAGCCUCCCUUGAUGAACAUGAGUGCUUGAAUUGGCUUAAUUCUAAGAAACAAAAUUCAGUUGUUUACUUAUGUUUUGGAAGCAUGACCAAUUUCAGUGAUCCUCAGCUCUUUGAAAUUGCAUUGGGGCUUGAGGCAAGUGGGAGGGAAUUCAUUUGGGUUGUGAAGAAAGAAAAGAAAGAAAAGGAAGAGUGGUUGCCUGAAGGGUUUGAAAAGAGAAUGGAAGGUAAGGGACUAAUUAUAAGAGGUUGGGCUCCACAAGUGCUGAUUCUUGAGCAUGAAGCAAUUGGAGGCUUUGUGACUCACUGUGGGUGGAACUCUAUCCUUGAAGGAGUUUCCUCUGGGGUGCCAAUGAUCACAUGGCCCGUGUCCGCCGAACAAUUUUACAAUGAGAAGUUGUUGACUGAGAUACUGAGAAUUGGGGUUGCUGUUGGUGUUCAACAGUGGGCUACAUUUGUAGAUGUGAAGCAGGAAGCCAGUGUGAAGAGAGAGGCCAUAGAGAAGGCUGUGACUGAAAUCAUGGUUGGUGAUGAAGCAGAGGAAAUCAGAAGCAGAGCCAAGGCGCUUCGAGAGAUGGCAAGGAGGGCUGUUGAAGAAGGUGGUUCAUCUUUCUCAGAUUUAACUGCACUUAUUGAAGAGUUGAAGUCCCUUAAGGCUUGAAGCUUUAGCCAAACAACUAACGUUUUUGUCUGUACGUGUGUUUUUGUUUUUUGUUUUUUUAUCAUUGGGAAGGAAAAGUUUCUAUUCUAAAUCUAUAGCAACAGAAUUGUGAGUA